AUUACGAAUUCAAAAUUGACAUUGUUCGUUACGAGACCAAAAAGUUUGCUUUUUGAAACGAUUGGAUUACAAAUGUUUAAGAAAAUGAUUCGUUGGAAUUGCCUAACAAGGAGAAAACUCACUGAAAUGGAUAUGGUAAACAAUUGCCAACUGUACACAGUUGUUGGCCUGAUGCUCAGCGGCUCGUAAAGUGGACAAAAAAUAUACACUUUGUGUCGAAUUUGGCAGGACAAUUUAGAUAGCAAAUAAACGCACUUCACGGAUCUCUUUUUCCCCCCCUCAUCCACACUCUUUACGCAAUUUUACGCACUGAAUAAACGCGAGAAAAGAAAACAAGAAAAGUGCAAAUUCUAAUAUUCACGCGGUAUUUGAUUUGGUCAGCAAUUUGGAAAGCAGUCGCCGUAAGAGAAAAGUCCUUUUGGAGGACUUUGCGUCGACUGGCAAUAAGUUGUCAACGUUUGACAUGUUUAUGGUGGCUCCUCAGAUCCAGAACCCAAGACAUCAUCAUAUGCUUCUGUCCAACUGUUGGCUGACAUUGGCCAGCGAAGCGUGAGCAGGGCCCUGCCAAAAAGAAAAAAAGAAGAGGACAAUAAAAAAAAAACAGCUCAAAGAAGCCUCUCCCCCCACUGCGACGACGAACCUCUAAUUGCAAAUGAAAACUGUGUGAGUCACAGCUGUAAAGGAACGUGCAUAGGACUCCAAAAAGCAGAACAUCACACUUAAUAGAGAAAUCCUUUGUCUAACUUGAGGCUUAAGUGCGCCCCGCUGGCAGUUUUCUUGCCCCUCGGCGGCGGCUUCGCAAUGGAGCCACGCCUCAACCAGAGAAGGAGGUCCGCUCAUUCUCGGUCCCCCUACCGUUCGGUCUAUCGACUAGGACUUCUUGGACUGGCGCUGCUGUUGGCGCAGUCUUUCAACUGUGUUCUUUGCGGCGAGAAAUUGGCUCUCCUAUCGGCUACGUUGCGCACAUAUCAAAAGGCAUCCUGCGAUACGGAUCAGGUAGUCAUUGCCUGUCCACGUGGCACAAGCAUCUCAAUUGAAUUUGCCCAGUACAACAAGUUCGUGGCGAAAGAUGGCUACAGUAUCGAGGAAUUGUGUCCCGUUUCUGGUGCCCCUACACCGGAGAUACGGGGCAAGCCGAAGAUUCUAUUGCGUGGCUCCAUAUUCGGUUCAACGUCACAGAAAGUUCCGGCCAAUCGAUACGUAAAUGGUGGCUACGGAUAUGGCUUUGCCAUGGGAGUGCCUCCCGAAGUGGCAACAAGCACAAGUACUAGUGCAAGUGCAACUAACUCUGACACAGCAGCAACAAGUUCCACAUCAGAGACUCAGAACUCUGAAUUAAAUGGUGACAAUUCACCUGAAAAUUGCAUGUGGCCAAAUGCCUUACAGUAUUCGCUACUACAGACGGUUGUUGAAGCUUGCCAGAAGAAGAAGCAUUGCAAAUUUCACGGCUCUCCUCAAUUUUAUGGACUGGGUGCCAGCGGAGUGGGCGACUCAUCCGGCACCAGCAGCUAUCACAGCAGCACCGCCAGCUCAAAUGCAAUCAGCAACGACCCCUGCCCCAAACGUAGGAAAAUCGUCGAAGUUGCCUACAAGUGCCGUCCAUAUGAGUUUCGAAGUAAAGUGGCAUGCACGAACGACGUCGCCCAACUGGAGUGCAAUCCAUAUUCGCGAAUUGCGGUCUACAGUGCCAGUUUCGGACGUACAGAGUACGAGAGUAUUCAGUGCCCUCAACCUCAAGGCGUUCGCGAAGAAACAUGCCUGGCCUCAUAUGCCACCGAGACCGUCAUGCAAAUCUGCCACGGCCGAAGACGCUGCAACUUGGCAGCUGACGCAAAUACCUUUGGCUCCCCAUGCCAGCCAAACUCGCGAAUGUAUUUGAAGGUUGUUUACACAUGCGUACCCAAGCAAGUCCUGAAGGAAAGCAACGAAUCUGAGGUGGAGCCCGACGAAUCGGACGACUUCGAAGGCGACAUAAACGACCUGUACGAUGAUGAGUUGAUCUACAAGGAGUCUGAGGCGAUACCAAAACUGUAUAGUAACACCACAGCAACGGGUCGUCGUAAUGCGACAGGCGGCAAUAAUACUAGUUCGGGUACCAGCACCAAUCCAUCGGGCAAUCGCACCAUGACAAACGGCUCAGCAGACACAGAUGUGAAUGGCAGUGGCGUCAAUCCUGUAAUGACGCACAGCGCAGACUUAAGUCUGGAGGAUGACCAAGAGCGGCUCUAUUUGUAUCUGCUAAUCAUCGGUUCGCUGGGAGUCCUCUGCUCCAUUGUUAUUGUGGCCACAAAACUGGUACUGCAGAAACGACGCAGUCUCAGCAGUGAUACGCACUCAAACUCCUCCACGAAAUGUGGUGGAGGCGGUGGCAUUGGCGACGAGACAACAAUACCCAGUGGGUUCAAUGAUACAAUCUCUGAAAUAGAUGCCGAUAUCGAUUUGACCACUCCGCUGCCAGUGCCGAGUGUCUCCAAAAAUGAGAAUUACGUAAACUAUGUGACGCCAGGAGGUGGCAUGUAUGCCAGUCUAGCACCCAGCCAAAUGACACCUGCUGGUGGUGGACCUGGCCCUGCAACUAGUUUAAUUGCCAAUCCUCUAAUAGUGGGAGCGCGACAAUCACCAGAUGUAAUCGGCAUCUCGUCGGGAACCUUUGUGGCAACAAGUAGUCCUGGUGGUGUAAAUCAGGGUACAGUUGCUGGUAUCCUAACACCGGCCAUUGUGAUCGGUAGCAAUGCAACCGGAGCAGGUCUACCUGGAAGCAGCGCAAUAAGCACUAUGGUACCUAUAACUUCACUGGCCCAAUACACAACGGCGCCCACAAUUCGCGGCGGUUACAUUAUUAACGCCGAGAGCAUGAGCGUUCUACAAAGACCAAAUAACACGCCAACGCCACCUUCCUCUUUGGCAGGCGGCUCACCAGCACAUCCUCCUGCCCAGCAAAUGGCAUCACCAUUGGCUAUGCAACCAUUAAGCCAUGUACCUCUGCCAGGCACCUCAACACUGCGGCGGACCAAACAGCCGAUGCUUCAGCAACAGCUAUCCUAUGACGGCACUGCUCCACGCACCUUAUCAACCGGUGUGGCUGUUGGGUCACAAUACUACUACGGAUGACAGAGCACGCUAGAUUGCGAGCCUCAUGUGUAUACCACAUCCAUAAACGUUGCGGUCACUUCCCCCAAGCCCGUUAGCCAAGCCAUAGAUAAGUUGCCGCCAACACAUCAGGCAGCUGCUGCAUCGUUUGAGGACUCCACUUCGGCAUCGGUUGUAAAACCUGAUCCUGGGCCCUAGCCACCAAAAGCAGCAAUAAUUGAAAUUGCUCUGAGCACCAACGACAAUAUGAAUCAGAUGGGCACAAGCCCAAACCCCAACGCAGCCACCUCUUCCUGUGGGCAGCAGCAGUACUAAGGGUAAGAGGCGCUCCAUCCUACACCCCCCUCCCAUCUCAACCGCCUUUGGAUGUCUGCCAGAGGAUGGACGAGCUGUUUUUAAAUAUGGACGAGCUUCCGGUAAAUGUAAAUACCUAAUGAAUGAAACUGAUACAUAAACAAUUGUAGGUUAAUUCUCAGAAAGUCGCCAAACUCGUAGCUCCCGUAGUCAAGGUAGAUAAGUUCUUGAAUUAUGUUAAAGCCAAGUGUCCCUCACCCCAUUCCAUGUAUUAGCGUGGUUAUCUACUCCAGAUUCUUGUAAAUAUAUGUUAACUUUCAGCGGCAUUGCAUCAAAAAGCAAAAAUUUGUGUAUGUGUAUGUGUGCAAGUCUGUGUGAAUGUGUCACCAAAAAGUCUGUCUAUCUUGUUUGAAUAAUGACUUCCUGUUCAUACCCAAUAAGUGAAAGUAAAUUGCGUGGGGCUCAUUUAAUGUUAUCAAUAAUGUAAAGACAACCAUAAACAUAAACACAUUGCCUACAAAUAGGCAUCAACACAGACACACACACACACACACACACAUACUACGAGAUACACACAGAUUAUGUGUACUAUAUCGUACAUCAAGCAAACAAAUUCAGACAACGGCCUAAGAGGAGGAGCAGCCACAGGACACGGGCUGGAGUAACUAAUGGGUUGGCAGUGCAAGGACGAUGCCAUUGCUAAGACAAAUACCACCAUAUCAUAUAAGUAUGUAUGUAUGUACGGUUUCGUUGUAUAUCCGGGCAGACGUAGAACAACGAAUUCCUUCUCUCUCCCUCUCUCUCUCUGUCUACUUUCAAUUUUCCCUCACGAAUUUGAGUAAACAAAACACGAAUCUUCAUAACUGUCGUAACAUAUGCAGGGAGGAACUUCCUCCUCCUCUUACUCCGCCCCUUGCUUGCGUGUGUGUGUGUGCGUGUAUGCCUGUUUAAGGCGCUGAGGCAUGUAAAUACUUUAUUGGGGAGUCUGACAAUCCGGCCUAGGUCUAGUCUGGUCCCAUCAUAACAUAACAUGUUCCAUGAGCGAUUUGACGAACGCGUGCGAGUCUACAAUUUAGUGUGUGUUUCAGAUUAAUGCUGUACAAAUGUACGUUUGGAUGAACGUAAUUAAUAUCCGGCAUUAUUGGGCCCAAAAGGCUGCAUGUUGUGUGGCUACAAGGGCACGAGCGAGAUAGAGGCCUGGCCAACUAGGCUAAUGGAUUGCUCAUACGUGCUAAGGUAAAUCAACGAUUAUGUGUGUGUGUAAGUGUGUACAAUUUGUGUGUGCUUGUUAGUAUGUAUUUGCUUGUUGAUAUCUGUAAGACCAUGCCACGCUAAUUCUGAACAGAUUAGGCCACAUUUCUAGUAUAGAUUAAGUUUCACUCAAAGAUAGUUUUAGGAAAUAGAAAGAUUAUAAUUUUUAUUGUUCAAGAACUUGUUGCAGCUCGUGUAAGAGGCUUAAGAAUAUAUUAAAGAUGAUUUUAUCUCACAAAUUUAGGCCAAAUUUUUUAAAUAAAUAAAUCCCACAAAGCAUGAUGAGUUUUUAAAUGGCCAAAUUGUUAAUUUAUCAUUACCAAGAAUUUCCUUAAAUAU